AAAGCAACUGACUUGGUGCGAGGAAAAUCCGAGAGGAAAACUCGAACCCACCGUUUAGUAGUGUUCUUGUUCUCGUGGCGUGGAGUCGGUUCUCUCUUUCCCUUCCGGGCGUCCUGUGUCAGUGUUGUCGUUUUCGGUCCCGAACGGAGCCUUGUGUGUUAUCAGCUCUACCUUGCCUAGUGAAGUGAUAAGAAAAUUCCUGGUGCUGCUGCUGCUGUGGGUUGUGUGUUGAAUCGGAGGCCCGAAGAGUGUUUUGCUUGAGCCGAGAGCGACUUUUCCUCCGUCGAAAGGGUUGCGUGUGAGAAGGUUACUUCCGAGAAUUCAGUGAAACGAAUAGAAGGAAAAUUGUGGCCUGGAAAUAAUUGUGUUUUCUCAAACGGAAGAAAAAUGAGUGCCAGUGUUUCUUCAUUAACCCGAGUAUCCAACUCAGUGCUUCAGCAGUAUACGCGAUAUGCCGCGGGGACUAUGGUUCCUGCAGUAUCAGCUGGAUUGUCCUGUACGGAAAGGGCAAGGGAAGUGUUCCUGUGUGGUUCUGUGCCACCGCAGAGGAGAGGUUUCAGCAGUAUGAGCAGUAGCAAAAGUAGCAGCAGCCUGAAGAAGAACACCUGUAGGAACGGUUCGAGCAGGCUUGGCAGUAUUAACGGUCACAGGUCCAUCCUGCUUUUAUCGGUGGGUGUUGAUAAUAGCCGGGAUUACACGCAAGCAGCAUCCACACUGACACGCGAACAGCUCCACGACCUGGUGUACCGCCUCAACGAAGACGAAAGGGAUUUACUGAUGAACACGCUGAAGCAGUUCGAAUCCAACAAACAAAAGGCCCAAUUUGAAGGACAGUUGGCGGCAACAGUGUGGCGAAGUAGAUUCGGACGGCCGGCGAAGCUGAAGCCGGUUCUCGGGGACGUUGAUCCGACCGGUUCCUACUGUGCGGUACCGGAAGAUUGGCUGCAGAAAAAGUUCGCGGAAACAGUUCCAGUUCCAGCGACGAGGGAUUUGAUGAAAUUGGGACUUGUGAACGCGCUGCCAUUCAUUGGUUUCGGAUUCCUGGAUAAUUUCACCAUGAUUAUCGCAGGAGACUACAUCGAACAUACGCUCGGUUUGUUUAUGUGCAUUUCGACGAUGGCCGCAGCCGCCCUGGGAAAUACAUUCAGCGACGUGAUCGGUAUCGGGUCCGCUUUCUACGUGGAAAAGCUGGCAGAGAUGAGCGGCGUAAGGCCACCGAAGCUGUUGCCGAUACAGCUCGAGAUGAAAUGCAGUCGACGGGCAGCGAAUUUGGGACGUGUUUUGGGUAUCACCAUCGGUUGUCUGCUGGGAAUGUGUCCGCUGUACUUCAUGAACGAAGAACCGAAGGACGCGGAUAAAAAGGGUGACAAGGCUGCACAGAAGACGGAUGCUGCUGCUACUGCUGUUGUUGUUGCUGUUGCUGAAGGCAAGUAAAUCUACUCAUCGUCAGAUAGUGCAGCUUGACGGUCGAUGCCGCUGGAUGGCAAGAAUUUUCUCAAGUUUAGUCAAUUUUAAGGUAGCGCUAAUUAUACACACUUUAUGGCUUAGUCCAGCGUCGAACGUUUAUUUAGGUGUUUAUGUUCACUGAACAUGAGAUGAGAAUGUUUUUUUUUAGCGGAAAUCGAACCGUGUAAACAAUACGUUUGAUUCCUUAUAAAUAGACAAAACGCAUAAUAGAUACAAUAGAAAGGCGUAAAACGCGAAAAGUAGGAACACUAUGCGAGUUUCAGUGCUGAGUAUAACUCUCGUUAUUUACUUUCUACGCUAGUCUUUCACGGUAAGCGGAAUGCGCGCUUGUAUAUAUUAACUAAUGUAACCAGAUUCUACUAUAAACUAUAAUAUAGCAAUAUUCGAAUUUUUGUUUUAGAAUAAUGCUCACAAACUUAACGAAGGAAUUUAACUUCAUCAAUCAUCGCUUCUCAUGCCUGACCAUGUUCUUCCAGUUGGAUUUGAUAGUAUUGGUACACACUAAAGCAUCAUAACUCGAUUUACAAAUUAUGUCUGGCUGCAGAGCGCUUUAGCUCUCUUAUCCUAGAUGCUCAUAUUACGACAUUGAAGCACGCUCUUAAUAUCUGGUCAUUUUAACACAGCGACGUAGUGAGAGAUUUUCUAUUUCAUGCUAUCCUACUUAUAUCUGAAAGGAGCCUUUGAACACAUAAUUUCAAGGGGGGUAUGGGGAAUGCGAAAUUAGAGCAUUUUCAUAGAAAGUCAAUAAGAUAUUGUGGCAGCUUACAACCAUGAUAGAACUUCAGGUAAAAGUUAAAUAUAUUUCAAGAGGAAUUUAACAUAAUGAUGAUUGACCAACCCAUCGCACAUAGGGGUAUUUAAUCGAUCAAGCUUCUAGCUGGCCAAAAAUUAUUUUUGAGUUUGUAACUUCUUCAGAAGUCGAUUUUAUACUCGUAUGAGAGAUUUAAGCGAUGCAUUUUCAGACUUAACCCCAAUUACCAGUAUUAUAUGUCGGUGUCUAUUUAGACCACAAAAGGAUAAAUUUGCAUAUUUUUUUUCCCUUAUGGUUGAAUUCAAUCAUUGAUCAGGUGGACUUGCCCUUAAAAAUUGAAUGUAUGUUUGCGAAUGUAGAGCACUCGCCAAAAAUAAGUCUCCCAACCGAUUUUCAUGACAUUUUCAGGGAAUGUAAUACUAUAUUUAAGCUUGCAGGGUGGCAAGUGAACCAGGAACACCAGGAAAACCGGGAAAAAGUCGGGAAUUUAUUUUCACCCGGAAAAACCGGGAAAAACCUAGGAAUUUCAUAAGUCCACCAGGAAAAUAAUCUUGUUUGUAUAAUUUAAAUAGGUUUUAAAUUUUAUGUAUGUCAAAGUUUCUUUUUAUAAUCAGGUUAAAACUAAACAUUUUGUUCAAGCUAAAUCUUUCACACAACUAAACAUUGAUGAACAAAAUUUACCCUGAGAAUUUAGUAAAUAUAUUUUGUAUUUAUUUUUAAUUUAAUUUUCUUCUCUAAUCAAUUGCAUGUAUGAUUUGUGCUUAACUGAUAGCAGACUUAAGCAGUGCCGACGCUUGUACAUAGUAUCCUGAUGAAUGUGGGCGUCUUAGUGGAAUACCUGUAUAAUG